AUGGUCGCAGAUUUGUCUAAGCUUACGUAUGAGAAACGUCUCCAACGGCUGGCACUACCUUCACUCGAACGACGGAGGAUGCAAGGAGAUCUCAUCCUGGCUUGCAACAUCUUCAACGGGAAUUUAAACCUACAAUUUGCGGAGUUUUCAUCCCUGCACCAGAUAGGGGGUCUUCGUGGGUAUAAUCGCAACCUCUAUCCCCGAAACUUUCGACUCAACUGGCGGAAGACCGCAUUCUCCGUCCGUAUCGCAGCCCCGUGGAACAAGCUACCACAAGAUGUCAUUCAACAGCCCACCACUCCCCUGUUCAAAGAGGCUCUGGACAACUGUGGCGACUAUGUAUAA